AUGUCAAUAAAACCAUUGGCCAUAUUGUUUGAUUUAGAAUCACAAGAACGUAGUGGUUCUCCUUCAUUUACGUCACAACCACUCUCCAAGGAUCCACAACCAACCUCCGACGGAGACGGUGGGCGGAUUCCGUUAGAAGAGUGGCUGCCGAUCACAGAAUCAAGAAAAGGGAAUGUUUAUACGGCAACGUUUCAUCUAUUCUGCUCGGGACUUGGUUUACAAGUUCUUCUUCUUCCUGCAGCUUUCGCAGCUCUAGGAUGGGUAUGGGGAGUGAUAAUUUUAACGGUGGGGUUUGCAUGGAAGCUUUACACGGUAUGGCUUCUUGUUCAUCUUCACGAAGCUGUACAUGGAAUACGUUUCAGCAGAUACUUGAGACUCGCAAUUGCUUCAUUCGGUGUGAAGCUUGGGAAACUUCUUGGAAUAUUCCCUGUGAUGUAUCUCUCAGGAGGGGCAUGUUCGAUUCUGGUUAUAACCGGUGGGAAAACAAUAAAACAACUUCUACACAUUAUAUAUGAAGAUGGCAAAGUGCCACUUACUACCUUGCAAUGCUUCGUGAUCUUCAGCUGCCUCGCGGUAGUCAUGUGUCAGUUUCCUAAUCUAAACUCUCUUUUUGGACUCUCGUUGAUCGGUGGUGUUAUGGCCAUAUCAUACUCCACCGCAAUAUGGAGUUUACCUCUAGCUAGUAUUCAGCAAAGAAAUCAAAACAAUGUCUCUUACACUACAAAGGAUACAAGUUUCGAUACCAUUUUCAACGCCAUUGGAUUGAUAGCUAUUUCAUUUCGCGGGAACAACCUCAUCCUCGAGAUACAGGGUACUCUUCCUUCGGAUUCAAAGAAUCCUUCGAGAGAGACAAUGUGGAGAGCUGUGAUGAUCUCUCAUGUGCUCAUUGCGAUUCCUGCUACGGGAGGUCCAAUAGGAAACUACUUGGAACUUUACGAGCAAGACUACUCAAAGCGAGCCGCUUGUUUCAUACACAUCACGUUCCUCAUCAAUUGCUUAUGUUCAUAUCCGAUAAACUUAAUGCCGGCUUGUGACAACGCAGAGAUGGUGUACACAACCAAGAGACAAAAGCCUUGCUCCGUCUUUGUCCGGAUGAUGUUGCGUGUGUUCUUGUGUUUAGUUUGUUUCUUCGUAGCCGUUGGAUUUACGUUCUUGCCUUAUCUUGCGGUUCUUAUUGGAGCUAUAGGCUUGCUGGUUACGUUUACGUACCCAUGUUUCAUGUGGAUCUCUAUUAAACAGCUACAAAAGGAAAGCUUGAUGUGGUGGUUUAACGUAUCGGUGGGAAGCAUUGGUGCGUCUUUCAGCGUUUUGUUUGUGGUUGCCUCGGCUCUGCACUUGGCUGAUAAGGGUUUGCAUGCAAACUUCUUCAAACCCUAAAAGCAGUAUGUCACAAGACGUUCAACUAGGAAGCGCUUUUACCUAAUGACCACUAGGCUUGGAGUUCGAGGAAACGGCAGCGUAGUGAAUCGCCACCCUCUCAACUCAUUUAUUUACAUAAAAUCAUUAUUUUUUCUGGAUAAAAAGGAUCAACGAAAAUAUUUAGACUUUGUACUUAUGAUUAUUCAAAGAUUUCUUACAAGAAAAAAAGGAAUUUCUUAAUGAUUUAGA